AAUUCAAGAUGAUUUACAGCACAAGCAAGAACUUUAUAAGAAAAAACAGGAACAAAAAGACUCCGUAGUUGCUGCUGAACGGCUUCAUGAGACUGUAUUUGCAGGACAAAUAGAACUAAGUCAUAUAAAAGAGAGAAAAAUCAUGUCAAGCCAUCAAGGUGAUCUAGACUACGGAAAAGAUUUGGAUAGAGAGAAAGAGGAACAGAAGUCUAGUGUACAUAAGACUGAGAUUACUAAAAAAAUGACUGCAGAUAUUUCUAGAAAAAUAAAACUAAGUAAUAAGAGACAAGAAGCAUUAAAGGAAAUUGAAGAUGAUCUACUACACGAACAAAAGUUAGAUAUUGAAAAAGAAAUACGAAAACACACUAGACAUACACUUGAAAUGGUUCAAAGAGAUGAUAUUUCAAGAAAAAGUAGUACAUCUGAUAUAGAAGAGGAAGCGAUAAUACCAAUUCAAGAUGAUUUAGAAGAUGAGCAAGAACUUGAUAAUGAAAAACAACAACAAAAAGACUUACGUCAAAAAAGUAUGUCAAGUCAUCAAGAUGAUUUAGAUUACGGAGAAGAUAUGUAUAAUGACAAAGAGGAACAGCAGUCUAUUGCACAUAAGCCUAAAAUGACCAAAAAAGUGUCUGCUGUUGUUUCAAGAAAAAUAAAACCGACUAGCACUAGACAAGAAGCAAUAAUAGAAAUUCUAGAUAAUCUACAGCAUGAACAAAAAUUAGAUAGCGAAAGAGAAACACGAAAAUACACUGAAAAUGAUUUCAAAUUGGUGCAAAAAAUAUCUAAUGUUAAUAUAAGAAAACCACUUCCUCAACUGGUGGUACGAUUGGAGAAAUUUGAUUUCAGUAUAUACCAGAAAGAAACAGCUAAAGAGUUAACUUUUGUACAAACAUUCGUACAAAAUGAAAAGUACCCUAAAUAUAUCAGUGAAACUAGCUCAAUCGAUUCAACGAUCAAUUUAUCGGAAAAUCAAGAGAUCGUUCAAAAUCAACAAAAUUCAGAAAAUGAAGAGGGCUACGAUAUAGAUGAUGUUGAAAGAUCUUUGGAAAAGAUGUUUCAAUUCGUGGAUGCGGGAAGUACCACAGUCCAGAAAAAGAAAACCAGUGAUGACAAAAUAUCGGUAGAGAGAAAAGAAAAAAGUAAAGGAAGCAGUCUCUCUUCCGCAACGCUCCAAGAUUCCAUACUUGAAAUGAGUCGUACUACAGACACGAGCAAUACUAUUAUUAGACGAAAAAGAAAGUUCUGUAAUCCCAAUGAUAUUACUAUACUCCCCGACCAAGACGACGAAGUUGAGAGGAGUAGAAGAAGGUUAACUAAAGGAAUCUCUUCUUCCAGAGGAAUUAGAUUUACGUAGAUCGAAUAUAAUCGAAAAACAAAAACAUUCAACCCCAGAGAAGACCAAAGAACUAUCCCAAUCCAAGAGCUCUAUCGAAGAAGAUGACAAUUUAGAUUUAGAUAAAGUAAAUCUUCAGAAAUCAAAUACUAGUAGCAUAGAACAUACUCCAACAAAUUCCGUCAGAGAAGAUCGUGAACCAUCAAAUUCCCUUACUAAACGACAUGCUGAAGAGCAUCUGCUAAGGUCUUCUAGAAGGGAAAAGACCAAAAAGAAAACCAAUGAUCGUUCACCGUUUAAUACGUUACACAAAAAACGAAGACACGAACGAUUCGCUAAGGUAAACGAAGAUGACAGAAGUAUGUUGAACAGAUCGUUGCACAAAAUUUUUGGUUGGCCAGAUGAUGACAGAAGUUUCUUCAAGGAAAUUCUUUCUAAAACGUGUGUAAACGAUGUCUCCAAGGACAUAAGCUCAAAGUCUAAGCUCAGAAACUCUAUUAAUGCCGAUAAAUCAAAAAGUAGAAAUUAUGCAGAAUCGAGUGGUGUCAAAGAGAAAUUUAAAAAGAAAAAGAGAAUACCAAACCAUCAAAUUCGUUACGCAGAUCUUCACAAACCAAAUAACAGUGUUAUGCAAUUUUUGAAGGAUAUCGAAGAUGAUGUAAAUGAUGGAGAAAGUUUGAUGGAAAUGCUUCGUGCAAAAAAAAUGAAAAAGAAUAUUGUAAACAAGUCUCAAUUAAAGAAUAAGAGUAUUAGAUAUAAAACAAAAACAUCCACUAAUAGUUGAUGUUCUGAUUGUUCUUAACUGCAUUAAACUAUUUUGGAUUGUUUUUUAAGUCACAAACCAAUAUUGCUGGAAAAUAAAGUGAUGCUAAUCAAAAGGAUAUCAUAAUACCUGUAUUAAGAACCACGAUAGAGAAAUCUAAGUGAUCUGAAAAAUACUACUAGUCUAUUGCUAGUCUACAUAAAAUUUUAUUUAAUACCUUAUGUUUAAGAUUACCUAUAAAUAUUAUUUAUUUCUAUAUUCUAAGAUUUUUCUAUAUUCACAUUGUAUAUUUUAGAAUGGAUCAUAUUGAUGCCUUAAAUAAACUCAUAACAUUUAUAAAUAUACUGGGUACCUAAUCGACACUUGUACCUGAUUGAUAAUAAUGUUCAUAUUUGUUGUCUCGUUUUUAGUCUGAAAAGUUCUUGACCUCGGAGUGACCUUUCAGAGAAAUUUUAUUUUUUAUCACAGUAUAAUCUUAUAUCAAUACAUUCCAUCCAUCAGAAUUUCAAUACUGUUAUCCCCUCUAUAUAGUGUUCUUUCAGAAUGCUGCAUAGCACUGAUAUACAGCAGCAAAGGCCAAUUCUUAUUGGAUGAAAAGCAAUGUUUCCAAGUUUUGGGAUUAGAUGAAAAUAGGAGAGAAUAUAGUGGAUGUUACUUCACUAGUGGUGCAGAUAACUCAAUUUCCGUUCAUUAGAAGUUAGAGUUCAAAUUUUUUCAAGCUUUCUUGCCGAUUGCACCAUUAUCGUGAUAUUUGCAACUAAGAUUCCGGUACUGGUUUUUGUUUGGUUUGGAGUGUGAAGUAGUAAAUCCAAAUUUCAUCCAUUGUCGCCUUUAUAUCUGUUUGCUUUUCUUCAGAUAAGUGUCAUUUGAAUGCGUUUUUAUCGACAGUUGCGUUAUUCUUGCGCCAAGCUUCAUCAUCAUCUUUUGCUCGACAAUCCUCUGUGGAUCUUGGCAGGCUCCAAGUUUCUUCGUCAUUCUGUUCGAUUUCUGGCGACAUGUUACUCAACGUCUGCCUCCAAUCAACUGCUGCCUGGAAUGACUUUAAUUUUACAUCGUCUCCACUAACGCGUGUACCAAUGCGUCGAGAAAAAUUAUGCGACUAAUGUUGCAACCUCUGAACUAGGAUAAGAACUUAUCAGACCGCCUUAGUCCAUAUAUUUAUUGUCACAUUGCAGGAAUUACAUAUUAAUAUAACAUAUAAUUUGUAUAAUAUUUUAAAAUAAAAAACCCAAGUAUAAUGAUAACUUGUAUAAACUCAACCUUGUAUAAUAUUGUAAAUAAAAUAUUUUGUGUUA